UCAAGCUAAAUUGCAGUUCAGUUAUCAAUUGAACGCGUUUGAAGAAGUUUAGUGGAGGUUGAAAUUUUGUUUUGAAGAUGAAAAUUUUGCUCGGAAUAUUUUUGGUUGCGGUCGGAGUUUCAUUUGUGGCCGCAGCUUGCCAGCUGGGCCUGGGUCGUCGUGAGAGUGGUGAAACCCUCCUCCACACGUUGCGCAUUUCCCGCGAGCCGGUUCUGCAGCCGAUGAACAUGUCACUAGUAUUUGACUACAUAGUUAGUCCAGCAGACGUUUACCUGCAGAUUAUGCGCGUCCAAAUCGAUACGACCUCCGUGGGCGUUGAUGAUCCGCGCUGUCAAGCAUCUUGGCCAUUGACUCCAGCCCUACCGCAAGGUUUUCAUGUAACAAUUACAAGUCUGCAACCGGUCCUGCAGAUGUCGGGCACGGCAGAGGUUUACGGAAUUAGACGAAUUAACGCGUGAAAAUUUAAAUAAAUAAAGGUUGUGAUUUUA